AAACAUCACGGAUUAGAGAAGGUUGCCGAUUGGUCGAAACAACAACGACCAAAGCUUCGUCAACAAUAGGUCGACCCCGGUCAACCAGAAUGACAUACCGAAGAUAGAACACAUCAACACAUUAACGUCCUUUAUCUUCCACUUCAAAGGAGCGGUCGGCCGCCCGGGGACAUGCGGAGAGACGCUGCGCUCUAACCGGACCUGCACCAAUCUCCAUCGGACCUGCAUCAGUGUGCGUGUGGAGGGUUGAGAGGGUCGUGGUCAAAUCAUCACGUAACAAAUCACCAGCGUUUCCAAAUGGCAGAACCGAACUUCCCACCGUUGCCGGGGUUUAUCCCUCUGAAGCCAUGCUUCUACCAGGACUUUGAGGAGAUCCCCGAGCAGAACCGCACCAUGUGCAAGCGCAUGUAUCACCUGUGGAUCAUGAACAGUGUUACCCUGGCGGUGAAUCUGGUUGGCUGCUUCGCAUGGAUGUUCGCCGGAGGGGGCGUUACCAACUUCGGCCUUGCCAUCAUCUGGCUGUUGAUGUUCACUCCCUGCUCCUAUGUGUGCUGGUUCCGGCCCAUCUACAAGGCCUUCAAGACUGACAGCUCCUUCAACUUCAUGGCGUUCUUCUUUGUGUUCAUGGCCCAAGUGGGAAUCAGCAUCAUCCAGAGCAUAGGCAUCCCGGGCUGGGGAGUCUGUGGCUGGCUGGCCACCCUGUCCUACUUCAGCUACAACAUCCUGGUGGCGCUGAUCAUGCUGGUCCCCACCCUCAUGUUCACAGGGGUGGCGGCGCUCUCCUUCCUGGCGCUCACCAGGAUCCACAACUCGUACCGAGGCAGCGGCGGCAGCAUGUCCAAGGCCCAGGAGGAGUGGACCACGGGGGCCUGGAAGAACCCCCAGGUCCAGGCUGCCGCCCAGCAGGCCGCCAUGGGAGCCGCCAUGGGGGGCAUGCAGGAGCAUCACUCCAGCCCGCAGUACGACAACCAGGUGUAGCCGUAGCACCCCAGUGCAUCGAGGUGGAGGAGGAGGAGGAGUUGGAGGAGGUGGAGGAGGUGGUGGAGUUGAAGGAGGAGGAGGAGGAGGAGGAGGUGGUGGUGGAGGGAGGGAACGGGCCGCGCAGAAAGGCUGCGUGUCUAGGGGGUUAGGGGGGUACUGUCCACUCUGACACAAGCCCAACUGGGGGAAGGUGGUUGAGUUUCGGGUUAGUAGAAGAGAAAGUUGAUUGUGAAUGUGUUGCGGUACUUAGUUACGUUGUCUUAUUUCUUAAUAUUUCGGAUGUUUGUUUUAGCUUUGUAAAUAGCAAAAAGAUAUUGAAUAAUUUGAAUUAUUCUUGUUUAUUUUGUCAUUGAAGUAUUUGGAUUUUAAUUUACUGUAUCGUGUGCACAAGGUUUUUGAUUAUGAAUUAUAAUUACUUUCAGGGAAAUUAAAAGAUGUAUAGAAAUAAAUGUUUCCAUUAAAACAAUAUAAUUGUGUUGUGAUGGCAGAGCUACUCACUGACUAAGCCUGAAUAUAUGUACCAACAUAACUCAAAUUACACAUUUUCUACAGGCACAGAUGUCAUGCUUUUUAAUUUUAGCAUACCUUGUAUUUCAAAUGUCGCUACCUACCAAAAAACUGAUUUAUAUAUUACCUCAUAGAUGUGUCCAUUCAGUUUUUAUGGACUCUCUUAUGCAAUGCAGCAUGUUACGAUCUAUAUUUUAUUUGUUUUUAAUUUGACGUGGUAAUAUGAGUUACAUAAUGGGUACAUUUAUUCUUCUAUGAUUUCUUACACUAUGGAAAGAAGUGAAUUAUUGCAGUCAACGAUUCAUAUUUUGAUAAUUCUGUCUGAAGAAAUGGCAUUCAAUAAAUAUGUACUGUAUA